AUGCAGCAGAAAUCCGAAGAAGUGAAGGAACCUGCGCACAGCGGUUCAAAGUUAAUCGGCACACUAGAAAAUUUUGUGCCUAGUGCGGAUUUUGACGACUAUAUGGAACGAGCAGAAAAUUUUUUCGAGCUGAAUAAUAUAACGGACGACGUGUUCAAGCGGAAGUUAAUCGUUCAUUUUAUUGGCCUACCAGCUCUGAAGAAGCUGCAGCAGUUGCUGUACCCUAAAACUCAUAAGGAUGUGACUUAUGAAACAGUGAUACAAAAACUGAAAUCAUAUUUCAGUCCAAAGAAAAACAGAAUCGCGCAAUCAGUAGAAUUUUUCAAGCGGAAUCAAAAAGACUAUGAAAAAGUGGCUGAUUUCGCAGUCGAGUUACAGGCCCUAUCCAAACAUUGUGUCUUCGGAGAGUUUCUCGAUAAGGCUUUAAGAGAUAAAUUCAUAGCAGGCCUCCAAAGCGCCAAAAUCCAAGGAGAGCUAAUGAACUGCGCAGAUGAGACGUCGUUUGAUGAAGCUGUUAGCAAAGGAAAGAACCUGGAACAAAUUGAGGCGGAUAUGGCUAAAAUGAAGGAAAAACAAGAGUAUACAAAUCGAAUCAACGCUGGAAAUUAUCACCGAGGAAGUAGAUCAAAGUCACGUGGCCGGGAACAACGUACGAGAGAUCAAUCGGAAUCGCGAGGAAGAUCCAAAUCCAGGAGACGACGGCAACGUGGUAAGCAGGUCCGAUGCUACAACUGCUCUAAGAUGGGGCACAUGGCUCGGAACUGUUGGUUCAAACGCAAAAUGAACGCUGUCAGUAGCGACGAGGAGGACGACAACAAUAUGGCGGACCUAAAUCAUGGCAUUGAUAUCAACCACGUGGUCAAUGUGCCGCUGUACAAGACGCUCUGA